UUUGUAGAUUAGCAUGGUCUGUCAGAAACUGGAGCUCCCAGCAUGGCUGCAGCCUGGGAUCACUUACCUAGCAGACAGAGCUACUCGAGUCUGCCCAGGCAGUUACUUGGCUUGGCUUGAGGGUUACUUUUCCUGUGUUUCAAAUUAAAAUUGUUAUCAUCUUCACAAUUUUUGUUGGUUAGCUUUGGGCAGGAGAGCAAUUAACAGAAAUCAACUCAGUUAAGUAAUUGCAUCUGGGGAGAGCAACAAGCUGCAGCAGCGCUGUGGGGUCUGUGGUCUGCAUCGUGGUGAGAGCAGUGAGUGUGCAGCGGAGAUGUCCUUGGGGCAGCCAAGAGCUGUGAAUUUCAGUCUUGUCUCAGCUGGAGAUAGACGUGGUGCAAUUGGUUUGGCCGCUCAGUAGGAGCUCUGUGUCACUCUGUAGAGCCUUGCUUGUCCCAGUGCUUUCCACUUAGCCUACAGCCAUUGGUUAGUGGUAAAAUUUUCAGUUUUUCUGGCACAAAGUUGUGGAUGUGAGUGUAUGGAAGGGCAGUGGGAGGACAGGGGGAGGAGUGUGAAUGCCAUUGAGGGGAGACAGUGCUGUGCAGGAGUAGAGAAGGGACUGGUGGCAGAAAAAUCGGUGUUGAAGGAGCAAAGAAACACGGCCCUUCAGCAGGAAAACUGUGAGCUGAUGAUGAGAAAGGUAGGGAGAUAAAUGCUCACAGUCUUCUCACCUUUGCACCGUGUGAUUUGCUUUCAGCUGUUUGACUGUUUCGUUUUAGCUGUGAGAGCCUUCCAAAAGAAGGUGAAGGCACAAUGUUGUUUGUUUUCUUGAUUUGCAAUCAGGUUUCAUUUUUUUUCUUCCUUUUCUGUUUUGUUACCGAGAUGUAUUUUUCAAGCCUUGAUGAUGUUGGUGAUAAUUAUUUAAACCUACUGCUGUGGAUUUGGGCACAUUAGCAGGUCUGGGGAAAGCAGGGUUUAUAUCCCUUCAUUGUGCAAAUGGUGGCAAUCCAAAGCAGCACUGCUGCUUGCUGGCGGUAACUGAUGAACAUGUUUGGAAACGGUCAGGUUUAGCGGUGCUGGUAAACAGCCAUCACCACAGGCUCUUUGGAGAUAGUGGAAGUGAAGAAGAGGAACGCAGACUGUGUGCACUGGAAGCUAUUUAUCAGGUGCACAUUGUGGGCAAAGUGGUGCAUGCCUGAUAAUUAAAGGGUGGUGUCACUGCACCGCAGAUACAACCUGUUCAACACGGACACUUCUUGGUGGGCACUGCCCCAGGCUGAGCGUACCUCUGGCUUCUGCAAAUAGCAAAGGGUUGUGGCUGGUGGGCCAUGAAGAGGCGAGAAGCUGUAAAGAUUUGUCCCCACACUGCAAGCUAAUAUGUCUGAUGCUCUCGCGAAUGCAGUAUGUGAACGCUGCCAGACUCGAUUUGAUCCCGCAGAGAGGAUUGUGAACAGCAAUGGGGAGCUCUAUCAUGAGAACUGCUUUGUCUGCGCUCAGUGUUUUCGUCAGUUCCCAGACGGACUUUUUUAUGAGUUUGAAGGUCGGAAGUACUGCGAGCAUGACUUUCAGAUGCUGUUUGCUCCUUGCUGUGGGGAAUGUGGUGAGUUCAUCAUUGGGCGUGUUAUCAAGGCAAUGAACAAUAACUGGCACCCAGAAUGUUUCCGUUGUGAGCUCUGUGAUGUGGCACUUGCUGAUCUGGGUUUUGUGAAGAAUGCUGGCAGGCACCUGUGCAGGCCGUGCCACAACCGUGAAAAAGCUAAGGGACUGGGCAAAUACAUCUGUCAGAAAUGCCAUCUGAUAAUUGAUGAGCAGCCUCUGAUGUUUCGGAAUGAUUCCUACCAUCCAGAUCACUUCAAUUGCACCCACUGUGGGAAGGAAUUGACUGCUGAGGCCCGGGAGCUGAAGGGAGAGCUGUACUGCCUGCCAUGCCACGACAAGAUGGGAAUCCCCAUUUGUGGAGCCUGCCGGAGGCCCAUUGAGGGACGAGUGGUCAAUGCCCUGGGGAAGCAAUGGCACGUUGAGCAUUUUGUUUGUGCCAAAUGUGAGAAGCCAUUCCUGGGGCACCGACACUAUGAGAAAAAAGGACUGGCUUACUGUGAAACUCACUAUAACCAGCUCUUUGGAGAUGUCUGCUACAACUGCAGCCACGUGAUAGAGGGAGAUGUGGUAUCAGCUCUUAACAAGGCCUGGUGUGUGAACUGCUUCUCCUGCUCCACCUGCAACAUCAAGCUUACACUGAAGAAUAAGUUUGUGGAGUUUGACAUGAAGCCUGUAUGCAAGAAAUGCUAUGAGAAAUUCCCACUGGAGCUGAAGAAACGCCUGAAGAAGUUGUCAGAGCUGGCAUCCAAGAAGGCACAACCCAAAGCCCUGGAUUUAAAUUCUGCUUAAACAGGUCUGCCCAUCUGUUGACUGUGCUCUUGCAGUCAUAAGGUGCUGCUCACAGCAGCUGUUGAUUACAAAGAGAAUUACUAAGAACAAGUGAAACCAAAGAGAAGUGGUACCUUGCCCUCCUUCUGGUAACGGAGCCUGCAUCUUGACUCUCUCUUCUCAAACAAUUGCCUAUUAACACUUGCAGAAAGAGCAGUUUACAGGCUGGUUAUUAAUUUGCUAACAACAACUUACUUUGCCUUUAUCAAACUGUGCGCAAUCUUUCUUUCCUUCCUCAGUUGAACUGUACUUCUCUCUCCAUUCCUCUAUAGUCUAACAAAUUUAGAAACACUAGUUGAGUGUAGAGGGUGGAAGAAAUGUGUGGUUUACUCUUUUUUGGCUAAAGUUUACUGCGUAAGCCCAGAAGCCAAUAGUUAAGGCAUCUUCAUUGCCUACUUGUCUGACUCAGGACCAAUGCUAGGACAGCUGAAGAAGCUUACUUUGCUGUUUCAAUUUCUUACUGUUCAGCAGUAAGGAGGUUGCAGUUGCCAAGGCUACAUCAGCCUUUGUCAGUUUAGAAACUGACAAUAUAAUUUCUCGGUCUGUUCGCUUUAUUCAUCAUGAUUAUAAGAGAUUCUAGUGGUCAGCACAAAGCACGUCCUAUCCUCUGACAAAGCUGACACUUGUAGUUGUUAUUAAUGUAAGUGCUUCAGUUUCAAAUCCGGUCCUCCUCGCUUUGUUUGAAACACUCUGAGGUCACUCUCCAGAAAGCCUAAUUACAUUAAGAAAUUUAUUUGUAGUUGAUUACAAAUGCGAUCUUACAGAGAAAAAUCAGUAAAUAUUUGGGUGAAAAUUUUAUGAAAAAUAAGAGCCACCCAACAUCUUUCUUCUUAAGACCUGAGUGUACUUAAGGAGAGGAUCUCAGACCUGAAUCUAUACCUCUUAAUAAUAUAGUUUUGCUUGCAGAUUUCCUUCUGCUCUGUAGUUUUUCCUCUCACUGCUGCAGUUUCACUCGUACAACCGAAGGUGCCAAAAAAUAUAUUGGUUUUGAUCAUUCUUACUAUUUCUUUAGGGGUGAGCUGAACUAAGCUGAGUGGACUGAGAAUGCCUUUCCAUGAAUAGUUGGAGACUGCCCUUUUUGUGAGAUGGACAGGAUUGAAGGCACUGGAGGACUGCUGUCCCAUGUGUGAUUUAAGUCUACCAGAAAGUGUAUGGUUCAGCAGAUGAAGUGAAUACAGUUGGGCCUGAGGCAACACCCUGCGGCCCCAGGCAAAUUAGUUAGCGAGAAGUGAAAGCUUCAUCACUUCUUGCAUGUGUGAGAAGCAAUGGAUUGGAUAAUCUACCUUAAAAUUGCCCUCACUGUCAUUAUGCUCUGCUCCUAAUGGAUCUGCACAAGGUAACAGCUAAAGCACUGACAGCUGUUAAUGCGCUUUCCCUGUAGCCACUGCCUGUGGAACUGCAGCAGCGAUCUCAUGGCAGCAGUGGGAAAUCAUGGUUGACUGUGCAGAUAGGAAUCCCAUGUGCAAGACCAUCUCUUAGAUACUGGCUUUCCUGAUUAAGUUUCCUUCAGCUGCUCUCCUUUAUUAUCGUCAUAAGUUUCUGUAUGAUUUUAACUGGGAUAUUCUGAAUCCAUAUUCUGUAUCCACCAUAACAAUGAUGAGGGGAUAGGCUUUAAUCAGAUGGUAGAGCUCUUCCAUAGCCUUCUGACCAAUGUGCACUGUGGAUUACACUAAUUGUAGCUUUUGUCACUGCUUCAGGAGAACGUGUGCCUAGUCCCUGUUCUCUCACUAACCUUUAGGUGGUCUUUUAGUUAAGGACCCAAAGAACAGCAUGUCUUUUAGUGCACUAGGAUGUGGCCAUUGCAGAUUUUUCCUGUCCUUUGGCGUUUGGUUCACAGAAUAAAGUACAAAAACAUCUGAUCUAGAUAUCUUAUGCAGAUUCUUCUCAGCAUAAAGCAUGCAGGUCUGUUCCUGUCAUCUUAGUCAUGACCUGCACCUAAUGUCAAGUCUGAACAGCUGUGUACAUCAGCUUCCUGGGAAGAUGGUGGGGGGAGCACCAAGCUGUAUACCUACUAGUGAAAACAAAGAGUAUGUAGCUAGCAGGCAAUACGAAAUACUCUUUCUGUGGCCACUCUCAAGUUCAGCAAUGGAAAAUUCAGGCAUGUAGAAGCAGAUGGAAUUAUUUAUUACUGCAAGUAGAGAUUUAGUCUGUGCUUUCACUUCGUCUCAUGCUAGAAAUCGAGUAGACCUAGUGGGCUUCAACAUUCCAAGAGAAGUCGGUAUCAUUCUGUUUGUUAAGGUGUUCAGUUAGCAUUCUGUCGUCAUCCUCAGAGCAUCUCCUGAAAUGAGUGGAGUGAAAAAAUUGUCAUAGUCUUGUUCUCUGUAAAGAGCAGAGAGUGGUGAGCUCUUAGCAUCUCUUAAAAUAUUAAAUUUUCAGACAUGUUUUUCUUAGCCUACAAUGUACAGAGUUAUAGUGGUGAAUGUUACUCAUGUACCUUUUGUGAGGUAGUGGAACUGAAGGAGUAGGAAAGAUCAUUAGAAGGAGUUUGAACAGAUGCAUCUUCCCUCUACCUCUUUGGGUCCACUUUUAAAAAUUUUAAGUAGAAGAUAAUGCAGACAUCAGAAUGUUCCUUGGUGCUGACAGGUUUUCUCACGAAGCCAAGAUCUUGGUUAGAAACAAGCUGCCUGCUUUUUUCCAUUGCUGUAAGCAGACAAGUGGCCAAAUUCAUCCUAGGUAUCACACUUCUGGAGAGGAUAGGUUUAUAUCAAGGUUGAAUUUCGCUCAGUAGUCUACACUAAGAGCUCAUGUAAUUAUAUGCGUUUAUAGUUUACAUUCAUAUUUAUACAUACUGAAUUACAAUCACUAAUAUUCACUGAUUACACUUGAAAAUGUUUAUGCUUUUAGAAACCACAGUAUGUGAAGCUUAUUUAUAUUAAAAGGGUAUGUUAAUCACCUGCUAUCUUUCUUUAUGGGAAACUAACCUGCUCUCCUGGGUUUGCAUCCUGGCCUUUAUUUUUACACCAGUCUGUGCAGUGUUAGCAAACGUUUGACCUCCUGGUCAGAGAGUUUCUAGAUGUGUGCUUUGUAUCAGAUGAUGCAACUGACAUGUGAUCAGAUGGUGAAGGGAUAGGUUGCAGACAAAUAGAAUAAAUGCAGUUGCACUAGUCUGUAAAGCACUGUUAAGUGCUGAGGACGGUGUAGGCUGGAUGAAAGAAUUAGCAGCAAUUAGAGCAAUCAGUCAUGGUUCAGGCUUUGAUAGGUCUGGAUUCUGCACAAUGUGGAGCUCUCAUUUUAUCACACGUUGCCGGUGCUGUCUAACAUAACACGUGACUGUGGAUGGAAGUAUUGUAAUACUGUACCUGUUUCUGUUCCUGUAAUAAAGUUAAUUGUACUACUACAUUUUAAA